AUGGGGGGCGUUGGAAAGACAACCCUUGUGAAACAUGUCAGUCAAGAAGCUCGAAAGCAAGGCCUUUUUGAUCAUGUGAUUAUGGUUAGAGUUAAUCAAACCCAUGAUUUGAAAAAUAUUCAGGGCAUAUUGGCAGAUGGGCUAGGCAUCAUAUUGAUGAAUGAGACAGUGGAGGGGAGAGCUUCUAGAUUGUCUUCGGAGAUAAUGAGAAGAAACAAAAUACUUAUAAUCUUGGACAACGUUUGGGGUCUAAUAGAUCUGCCAAGAAUAGGAAUUCCGACCCACGACAUUCUUCAGAGUUGCAACUCCAAAGUCCUACUUACCACAAGGAGACGGAGUGUUUGUCAUGUCAUGAGGAGCCAAGAAGAUAUCACCCUCAAUAGCCUAUCGAAAGAAGAUUCAUGGACAUUGUUUGUGAAAUAUGCAAGAAAGUCUCUUGAAUCGACCGAUUUCGAGGAUGUCGCAAGGAAGGUAGCUCGAGAAUGUGGUGGUCUACCAAUUGCAUUGAUAGCAGUUGCAAGGACACUUGGAGAUAAAGGUCUGACAGAGUGGGAACACGCAGUUCAACGGCUAGAGAAGUCACAAGCUGCCAACCGUGACGAUGAAGGAGAUGCAUCCAAAUGCAUAAAAUUAAGCUAUGAUUUCUUGAAAGAUGAGGACUCCAAGUCAUGUUUCUUGCUUUGUUGCCUAUUCCCAGAAGGCUAUGACAUCCAAAUAGAAGACUUGUUCAAUUAUGGGAUCGGGACAGGAUUGUUUAAAGAUACUGAGACAAUCCAAGAAGCCAGAGGAGAAGCUGGUUCCGUGGUCAAGUACCUUAUACAUUCUAGCUUGCUUUUGGAUAGUGAAUUUGAUGGAUGUGUUAGGAUGCAUGAUGUCAUCAGGGAUACAGCAAUUCAAAUUGCACGUUCUGAAGAUGAGCGAGGAUUUUUCAUAGAAGCUGGCUGUCGUUUGAAGAAUUGGCCACGUCGAUUGAGUGAAGGCCAUUCUGCAAUUUCACUUAUGAAGAACGACAUUUGCAAGCUACCUGAAGAGCUGGGUUCAGUGGGUGGAGGUAUCGUCAGAAUUCCACCAGGGGUGAUAUCAGAAUUGCGUAAAUUAGAAGAACUGUGCUUGCACUGUGGAUUUUGGGACUGGGGGAGUAAAGUUGAGGGAGAAGGGGAAAGAACCAAUGUUAGCUUUGAUGAGGUAACUAACUUAUCAUAUUUGAACUGUUUGAAGGUUUGCAUAUCUCAUGCGAAUUGCAUCCCUAGAAAGGCUUGUGUCGAUCUGAGUUGGACUUGCUUUGAUAUAUGUAUUGCUAGAGACAGGAACACCAGAAAUAUUAUCAGAGAGAUGCGCAGUCAAUUCAGGCGAGAUUAUCAUACAUAUUCAAGAACUUUGAUUCUUGAUACAACCAUUAGUAUGUUACCAGCUUGGUUUGUCAGCGUGGUGACAGAGAAUACAGAGACGCUAGUGUAUGUGAAUUUCACAGGGUUAAAUAACAUCUUCAUGGAAUAUCACCAUGGGAGGUUACAUAGUCUGAAGCAUCUCUCUGUUAUUGGUCCCAAUGAGAGCUUGGAAGCAUUGAUACUUGUGGACAUAACAAGAAGGAAUCAAAAUAAAGCUGUGUUCGAGAAAUUGGAAGAGUUGCAUCUGGACAGUAUGGAUUCCUUGAAGGAGUUAUGUCUUGGUGAAUUACCAUCUAGGUCUCUCUGGAAUCUGAAGGUAUUGGAGGUACAUGAUUGUCCUAACUUGGGAAAUGCCCUGUUACCAUCACAAUUGUUACAGAGACUUUCAAAUCUGAAGAACCUAUUUUGUAAGCGUCUGCCUGGAAUGGAAUAUGUGUUUGGAUGUGAAGGAUUCGAGAUAGAACAAUCAAAACUGAGAAGGAUGGAGUUGUUUGAGCUAGAUGCAGUCAAGAGCAUAUGUAAUGGUCCUGCUCCACCUGCAAUGUUCCAAGCACUUACAAGUUUAACCAUUUCCCGUUGCAACUUUCUAGGAGGUCUCUUCACAUUUGAUGUAGCUCAAUGCCUUUCCCAAGUGGAAAACAUUUUUUUAGAGAGUUGCCCAAAUUUGGAAAGAGUAAUCGAGGCAAGUAAGGAAUCGGAGCUCAGUAAGAAGACCGUUCUUCCAAAAUUGAAGUCCCUAGUCUUGGUGAAUCUUCCUAUGCUGUACAGUGGUAGUGCUGCUAUUGAUAUGGAGUGUCCUUCAUUGCAAGAGUUGUAUGUGAGAGAGUGCCCUCAUUUUUCAGCCUCUGCUUAUGACUUCGGGAGCAAUUACCAAGUCAUACUCAACGAUCCAGAGCAUUUCGUAUAUCAGCAAGGCACAAGAUUUGAAGAAUUAUUCCGAACACCAUGGGGUCUCAACCCACAUUUGAAGGUCGUGGAUACGAUGCGUACAUUGAUGGGGAAUCAAUUGCAAGCGAUUAUGACUGAAGUGAUGGCGUCAUUGGAAUUCGUGAAGAUACCUGAAACCGUGGAGAAGAUGCUCAAAUUUGUGGGGAUGGUACCUAGAUCGAUGGUGAAGAAGGCAUAUAAAUUUCAGGGGAAGAUGCCUGAAUUGUUGGAGAAAAUGCCCGGAUUGAUAGAGUCGACGUUGAACGUUAAUCCCGGAUUUGCGAAUCAUAUACCUGAAAUGCUGGAUCAGGUGGUUAAAUUGAUGGAGGAUACGAACUUGGCUGGAAUCAUGGAUAACUUCUUGUCUGAAUUGGAUGAGAAUAGGCGUCUUGAUAUGAUGGAACUGCUGGAGAAUAUGCCUCAGCAUAUGGGUGAUCUGACAGAGUCUUUUAGCAUGUUAAAGAGUGCAAUGGAAAGCAUUGGAUCCAAGCAAUGUUUUAAAACGCCGAGGCGUAGGCCGAGGCGUUUUUCGGUGAGCAUCAAGAAGGCGUAAGGCUCGUAAGCCUCGAGUAUAAAAGACCUAUAUUGAUGUAAACCCAAGAGACAAUCAUAUACUACAUGACAGCAUAUCAAUUAACACUAGACAAUUACAUACUACUUGGCCUCAAUAUAGUAAACCCAGUUUAGCUCCCAUUUAUAACUCUCAGACUCUCAAACUCUCAGAUUUCUUGGUUCAAGUAGCACUCUGCACCAACUAAUGGUAUCAGUUCCUCACCAUCUAAUGACAAGGUGGAACAAGUAAAUAUUAACUUAUACAUUUUCAUUCCUUAAGUUUUCAAAUGCAAACCUGGUUGGCAACCCUGUAGUCAGUGAUUCAACAUAU